CCCGAUGGCUCCCGACCCCAGCGGCCGCCUGGGCCUGCUGCUGCUGCUUACCUGCUGCCUUGCAGCCGCCAGGGCUGACCUCCUGAGCCUGGACUGGCUGUGGUCCACUAAGGCCGCCAACCCCCCGGACGUCCAGGUCUCCGAGCACCAGGGCGGCCCACCUGUGCAGCCCACGGCGGAUCCCACCACGCACGUGGCCCUGGGACAUGGCCCCACGGAACAAGGGCACGUGGAGGAGCCGGAGCCUCCCGCUGAACCCACCAGCCCUGCUGCCCCCGCCCCCUCCGCAGCCAGCCCAGACACGAAGGAGGAGAACGUUGCGGGCGUUGGAGCCAAGAUCCUGAACGUGGCUCAGGGCAUCCGGAGCUUUGUCCAGCUGUGGGAUCACACCACCCCCACCGAGGGCUCUGCUGUGGUGACCUCGCCGGUCUCGGCGACCGUCGCAGACCCCCUCACCCUCCCUGGGUCCUCCAGCGCCCCCCACGAGGACGGGACUGCUCUCCGGCCCAGCACCGAAGCUCCGAGCCCCCCAGCUGCUCCGACGACGACCGAGGCUGGCACUGUGCUGGCACCCAUUCAACCGCCUGCCUCCCCGGCAGGGCCCCAGGCACUGCAUCGGGUGUCCCCAGAGGGCUCCGGCGACGAGGUCGGGCUGCUGCAGCUCCUCGGCGAGCCCCCGCCCCAGCAGGUGACCGAGGUGGAGGACCCCACCGUCGGGCUGGCCUACGUCUUCGGGCCGGAUGCCAACAGCGGCCAGGCGGCCCAGUACCACUUCCCCAGCCCCUUCUUCCGGGACUUCUUGCUGCUGUUCCGCAUCCGGCCGGCCACGGAGCGCGCCGGGGUGCUGUUUGCCAUCACGGACCCGGCACAGGCCGUGAUCACGCUGGGCGUGAAGGUCUCGGAGGUGCGGGACGGGCACCAGCUCAUCUCGCUGCUCUACACGGAGCCAGGCGCCCGCCACACGCACACGGCCGCCAGCUUCCGCCUGCCCGCCUUCGUCGGCCAGUGGCUGCGCUUCGCACUCAGCGUGGACGGCGGCCACGUGACGCUCUCCGUGGACUGCGAGGAGUUCCAGAGGGUGCCGUUCACGCGCUCUGCACAGGGCCUGCAGCUGGAGCCUGGCUCUGGCCUCUUUGUGGCUCAGGCCGGAGGAGCCGACCCUGACAAGUUCCAGGGCAGCAUCGCGGAGCUGAGGGUGCGUGGGGACCCGCAGCUGAGCCCCCUGCACUGCCUGGAUGAGGAUGACGACGACGACGACGGCGGGGCUUCCGGAGACUUUGGGAGUGGACUGGAGGAGAACCGAGAGCUGGCCAGGGAGGAGACGGGCGCACCCCGAACACCCAGCCUCCCUGAGCAGCCCCCGGUCACUUCUCCUCCCUUGGCUGGAGGCAGCAGCAUAGAAGAUUCCAGAGCUGAAGAAACUGAGGAGGAAACCACGGUGGCCUCGUUAGGAGCUCAGACCCUUCCUGGCUCAGGUGUGGCUUCCGCGGGAGAGGAGGAUGUCCAGAGCCCUGGGGACCCCCUGGCAAAGGGAGGCCAGAAGGGGCAGAAGGGGGAGCCGGGAGCCCGGGGCCUGCCCGGCCCAGCCGGGCCUCAGGGUCCUGCAGGCCCGGCGGUUCAGGGCCCAGAGGCACUGCCAGUUCCGGGGGCACAGGGGCCGCCUGGGCCUCCAGGUCCGCCGGGGAAGGAUGGUGCCCCAGGAAGGGACGGUGAGCCGGGCGACCCUGGUGAAGAUGGAAAACCCGGUGAAGCUGGGCCCCAAGGCUUCCCGGGGACCCCAGGAGACGUGGGCCCCAAGGGCGAGAAGGGGGACCCUGGGAUCGGGCCAAGAGGACCUCCAGGGCCCCAGGGGCCUCCGGGGCCACCAGGACCCCCCUUCAGACACGACAAGCUGACCUUCAUCGACAUGGAGGGAUCCGGCUUCGGGGGCGACCCAGAGACCCUCAGAGGCCCGCGUGGCUUCCCCGGGCCCCCCGGCCCCCCGGGCGUCCCAGGCCUGCCGGGUGAGCCGGGCCGCUUCGGCCUGAACAGCUCGCACGCGCCAGGGCCUGCCGGUCUCCCUGGAGUGCCUGGGCGGGAUGGGCCCCCCGGCGUUCCCGGCCCCCAGGGCCCCCCAGGCCCCCCCGGAAAAGACGGGCAGCCAGGACCGGCGGGACACAAAGGCAGCCCCGGCGACGUGGGCGCCCCAGGACCCAAGGGAAGCAAGGGGGACCCUGGCCCCGUGGGCUUCCCCGGCGAGAGUGGCAUAGCAGGAGCCCCUGGGCCAGCUGGACCCCAAGGCCCCCCCGGGCCCCCAGGCCCCCCCGGGCCCCCAGGACCAGGACUUGCUGCUGGAUUUGAGGACAUGGAAGGCUCGGGGGGACCCUUCUGGCUGACGGCCCGAGGCGCCGAAGGGCUGCAGGGACCACCCGGACCCCCAGGACUCAAGGGGGACCCUGGAACGGCUGGAACACCUGGAGCCAAGGGAGAAGUUGGAGCUGACGGAGCCCCCGGCUUCCCAGGCCUUCCUGGGAGAGAGGGCGCUGCUGGGCCCCCGGGACCCAAAGGAGAAAAGGGGAGCCAGGGAGAAAAAGGAGACCCAGGGAAGGACGGAGUGGGGCAGCCCGGCCUGCCCGGGCCCCCUGGGCCCCCGGGGCCUGUGGUCUACGUGUCGCAGCAGGAUGGAGCAGUGGUGAGCGGGCCGGGACCCGAGGGCCGCCCAGGCUUUGCAGGCUUCCCUGGACCUGCUGGGCCGAAAGGCGACCUGGGCUCCAAAGGCGAGCAAGGCCUCCCGGGACCCAAGGGUGAGAAGGGGGAACCCGGCAGCACUGUCAGCCCUGAUGGCCGAGCCCUGGGCCCCGCCCAGAAAGGAGCCAAGGGCGAGCCGGGCUUCCGAGGACCCCCGGGCCCGUACGGACGUCCUGGGCACAAGGGCGAGAUCGGCUUCCCUGGGCGGCCGGGCCGCCCCGGGAUGAAUGGAUUGAAAGGAGAGAAGGGGGAGCCGGGGGAUGCCAGCCUCGGAUUUGGCAUGAGGGGAAUGCCUGGCCCCCCAGGGCCCCCAGGGCCCCCAGGCCCCCCCGGGACGCCCGUCUAUGACAGCAACGCGUUUGUUGAGUCUGGCCGCCCCGGGCCCCCAGGACUGCCAGGGCUUCAGGGACCUUCGGGACCAAAGGGUGACAAAGGAGAAGUGGGCCCCCCAGGACCAGCAGGGCAGUUCCCGUUCGACCUCCUCCGCCUGGGGGCUGAGAUGAAGGGCGAGAAGGGGGACCGAGGGGACGCUGGACAGAAAGGCGAGAGGGGCGAUCCUGGGACCGGUGGCUUCUUUGGCUCCAGCGUGCCCGGCCCUCCUGGUCCCCCCGGCCCACCGGGCUACCCCGGGAUUCCGGGCCCCAAGGGGGAUAGCAUUCGGGGCCAGCCCGGCCCCCCUGGACCUCAGGGACCCCCUGGCAUCGGCUAUGAGGGGCGCCAGGGCCCUCCUGGGCCCCCAGGACCGCCUGGGCCCCCCUCGUUCCCUGGACCUCACAGGCACACUGUCAGCAUUCCUGGCCCACCAGGCCCACCCGGUCCCCCAGGACCUCCUGGAACCCUGGGCGCCUCCUCAGGCGUGAGGGUCUGGGCCACCUACCAGACCCUGCUGGACAAGGUCCACGAGGUGCCCGAGGGCUGGCUCCUCUUCGUGGCCGAGAGUGAGGAGCUGUACGUCCGUGUCCGCAGUGGGUUCCGGAAGGUGCUGCUGGAGGCCCGGACGCCUCUCCCGCGAGGGACGGACAAUGAGGUGGCCGCCCUGCAGCCCCCCGUGGUACAGCUGCAGGAGGGCAACCCCUACCCCCGUCGGGAGCACUCCUACUCCACUGUGCGGCCCUGGCGGGCAGAUGACAUCCUGGCCAACCCCCCACGCCUGCUGGACCCCAAGCCCUACCCCGGGGCCCCACACCAUGGCGCCUACACACACCUCCAGCCCGCCCGCCCCACGCCCUUGCCCGUCCACCUCCACCAGGACUUCCGGCCGGUGCUCCACCUGGUGGCGCUCAACAGCCCCCUGUCGGGCGGCAUGCGGGGCAUCCGCGGGGCCGACUUCCAGUGCUUCCAGCAGGCGCGGGCCGUGGGGCUGGCCGGCACCUUCCGCGCCUUCCUGUCCUCGCGGCUGCAGGACCUGUACAGCAUUGUGCGCCGCGCCGACCGCGGGGUGCUGCCCGUGGUCAACCUCAAGGACGAGGAGCUGUCCCCCAGCUGGGAGGCGCUGUUCUCAGGCACCCAGGGCCAGCUGAGGCCAGGAGCCCGCAUCUUCUCCUUCGACGGCAGGGACGUCCUGCGGCACCCAGCCUGGCCCCAGAAGAGCGUGUGGCACGGCUCGGACCCCAGCGGGCGCAGGCUGACCGACAGCUACUGCGAGACAUGGCGGACAGAAGCGCCGGCGGCCACAGGCCAGGCCUCCUCGCUGCUGGCGGGCAGACUGCUGGAGCAGACGGCCGCGAGCUGCCACCACGCCUACGUCGUCCUCUGCAUCGAGAACAGCUUCAUGACCUCCUCCAAGUAGGGCUGAGCUGGGACGGCCGAGGCACGCACAGGUGGCCGCGGACAGCAGGCAGGGGGCCGCCGGCGCCCCUGGGGACCUUUCCUGCGUGGUUCACAUUUCAUGUAAUCCUCAAGAAAUAAAAGGAAGCCAAAGAGUGUAUUUUUAAAAAAGUCUAAGACACAAA